GCUCUUUCAUCGACCAUACCCCAUCUAUCCCGGCUAAACUAUGGCCACUGAGCAACAGACUCAGACAAGACUGCCAACACUGGCUGUCACCAUCUCCAGUCCAAUCCCAGCUGCCCCUUCUACUACACCUAUCGUUAAAUUCAUCUCCACACCCGACAAUACCUCCUUUCCAACAACAGCCGCUGCACCACUAACACCUUCAACCUCAGCGUCACUGACAAAUACCGCUUCAGUCUCAACACCAACAUCCGGUAUGCAUUCCCCUCCACUGUCCAACUCGGUGGAGGAAGAGAAUGUAGAGAUGAAUACUGCAGCAGCAGCUAAAAAGAACCCAAAAACAGUCAAUACAACAGCAACUGCAACGCCCAGGGCUAGUAGCAGUCAUACUCAGAGCACUGCUUCAAAUAACCUAACACAAGGUUCACGAUCAGUCAAGACCAAAGGACCAGUUCCAACAUCAACACCAACGCCAACACCAGCAGCAGCAACAACAACAACAACAACAUCUUCAAUGGAGAGCAACCCUUCGGGCACAUCAUUCAACACGGAGUCUCUACCAGCUACUAUGACACUUGGCCACCCAGCCACAACUUCUAACCUGGUUAAUCGCGUAAAUGAGUCUCUCAUUGCGGUUGAGCGCGAAAAGCAGGACCUCUGUCGUCCACAGGGUAAAGAAAAAACCAUUGAACAUGUGCUUCAACAGGGUAGAAUCCUCAAGGUAUCCCGUCGAUUAAGGACACGACUAGAGUAUGCAAUCCUCAAGAUUCGUCGUGGUUGGUCAAAGUACACUUUGCAGGAAGUCGAGUCUCUCAUCCAACCCGUCUGUUCACCACGUGUCACGGCCAGUCAAAUUCAUCAGAGCAUCUCACGUCAGUCCUCGCCUCGACAGAGCGAGAGAAAACGCGUCAAGAGGGUCUAUCCUGACUAUGAUGUUUCUUAUUUUCGUGGUAGAACAUCCGAUCCAGCUGGCUCUGAGACUGAAAAGUCGGAAAAUCAAGACGUCGAAAUGUCUUUUCAACCUUCAGCCCCUUCAACCCCUACUAGCCGCUUCAGAGCGAGGAUGCCCUCAUUGUCACAAUUCAAGGACUCUGAGCUGUUUCAGCCUGCAAAGUCGCUGAUGAAUAUUGCGACCUCUAAACCCGAUCCUGGAUACUUGUCGCCGUACCAUCCUUCUUCAGAACAUGAGACCAACGUACCUUCGGCCGCUCAAGCUGCACAGACCAUCUUGAUGCUCUCGAGUCCGACUCGACCUGCCGCAAGGACACUUAACCCAACACACUCACCCAUCGCAGAUUGGAGCACAGCACCAUACUCCCCAUCAACCUCCUCUCCGCUUGUGCACUUCCAUAUAUCCGCCUCUAGAACGCCAUCACCAGAGUCUACACCGCCCGCCAUGUAUGAUCAAUCGGCACCGCUAUAUAUGGAUAACGAUCAUAGCAACUCUCAAUUAGGAUCCUCUUUAUAUAGUUCAAGGCCCCUGAAGCAGCCAUACUCGAAUCUCUACGGUAUGGGCUAUGAACCUUCGUCUCCUUCACCUCUAUCAACUUCACUCUUCCCCUCGUCCAAUGAGUCGAUGGACAAGCCAAAAAUCCACAGCAGAAGCUCGAGCCCUACGCUGAAGAGAGCCGUCCGCUUUGCUGCUGCUGCGACUAAUGCAUCCGAAUCAUCCAAACUUUCAGCCGAGAACAUCAAAGAAGGAUUUUCGGGCUUGUCUGGUAAUCGUACAGAGUACAACAGCACGACAGAUAGCAUCUACCCUGGAUCACAACCUGGAUACGAUGACAAGAAGGAGUUAUCGCCAUCACUUUACAACUCUAGAUCACCCAUGCACCACAGCGGAGAGCCUUAUCUUUCGAUCUAUAGUACCAACCGAGCUACAACUCCUCCUCUACAUUCUAUCCCAUCCUCAUCACCAUCGAGCUACUCUGGAUCCUAUGGACCCACAAUGGAAACGCCCAAUGGUUCGCACGGAAUGAGGACGCCACCCCCCAGUGGUGGCAAGGAGUUAAACUUGGGCCACUAUGGUCUUGAAUCUUCCACAUCCAGGAGGAGGAGAAACAGCGUAGGUGUACCUCCAGGUACUGUAGACCUUCCAAGCAUAAUGUUCCGACAAGGAAAUGGAGCCCAUCCACCCAGUAUGUCCUCGGCAUCGCCUUCUCAUCGAUAAAUAUUGAAGAAAAAGUAGUGGAUCUUCACUUCUCUCUCUCUCUCACUUUAAUCAUCUAUUUUUUUUUCUUGUUAUAUAUUUAAUAUGUGCCAAUAUCUAUUUAUCUAUAUAUUUCUGUUGUUUUACUAUUUUCUUUAUAGCAUUAGUUAUUUUUUUAUUAUUAUUUUUUUUUCCAUCUGUACUUGUUUAGCUCCAUCGUAUCAUAUCAAUCAUAUAUCAAUC